AUGAGUCAAACUGCAGUUUCUACCGCACCUUCAACAAUAACUCCAAUGACUACUGAUUCAAGAUUUGAAUAUCUUGAUAUUUUACCCGAAAACACUAUACAUCAAUUUAAAGCUAUAUUAGUUCACUAUAUUCGCAAGAGGUUACCAAAAGGAUAUAGACAAUUAGGAAAACAAACAGUUUCUAUUUCCGCUACUGAAAGUCAGUUUUAUGCAGUAUUUAAAAACCAUAUACAUUAUUAUUCAGCUACAAAAGGUAUCUAUAAGUGUAUAUUUCGUGGAGGUUCAUCAAACCAAGUGUUAUCAAAUAUUCUGGAAAUGCAAGGAUGGGAAAUUAAAUUUUAUGAUCAACGGCAAUGUACAUAUGUUGUACUUUGUGAUGGUGACAACAAUAUUGAAAAUGGUGAAGAAAAUCCUAUUGCAGCUGCAUUAUCUCAUGAAACAAUCAAAAAAUUACGUAACCAAAAUGCAUACGUGGUCAAUUAG